AUGAUAGAGAGUCAACUUCGUUCACUUGAGACCUUAGGCAUAACUGCUGACAAAUAUGCGGCAAUAUUGUAUCCCCUUAUUAAGUCAUGUUUACCGGAGGAUAUGAUCAGACUAUGGCAUAGAUCUUCACAGUUUUUAAGGCCUUCUGGUUCCGUAUCCAUGCACAAUGUCGAAAAAUCUGCAGAAGUUUCAACUUUGGAGACAAGAUUAAGUGGGCUAAUGAGUUUUCUACAAAAUGAAGUUCAAAAUGAACAAAAAAUUAAUUUAGCAACGGAAGGUUUUGGUUUAUCGACUGAAAAUAAAUAUAAAUCCAAUAACCUGGUUGAAAAGAAGAAUAUAAAAUUACCAAAGCAAGGAACUGAUCAGCCGUCAGCGACCGCUGCUGGGUUGAUAAAUUAUGAGGUUGACAGGUGUAUUUUUUGCGAAGGACAGCAUGACAGUAUCAAUUGUUUUAAAGCACAAAAAUUGUCUAUGGAACAGAAACGACGAACAUUGUCAGAAAAGAAAGCCUGUUUUCGAUGUUUGAAGGUGCGACAUUCUUCGAAGAAUUGUAGAGCACGUUUGAAUUGUAUUUUGUGUUGUAAAUCCCAUGUUGUUUUGAUGUGUCCUGAUUUACCUGUUAACAAAAUUGAUACAUCGACCUCAAGUAUUAGUCGCUCGGAAGAGAAUAGGACUGAAGAUCAGACGCUUGCUAAUUUGAAUAAUACACAGGUUUUUUUACAAACUCUGCGAGUAAACAUAAGAAGUGCACAUGGUACUAAACAAGUAAGGGCACUUAUUGACACUGGAUCGCAGAGAACAUAUAUUUUACAGCGUACCGCACAAGAAAUGGGUUUUUCUGCUAAAGGAACGGAAAAUAUCGUACAUACGUUAUUUGGCGGUAAAAGUACUUCUGAACAACGACAUAAAUUAUACAAGGUAACUGCGAGUGAAGGAGCUUACUCUUGUUCAUUUGAUGCCUUAGAUCAACCAAAAAUUUGUGCAGAUGUCUCUCCUGUUUAUCACGGCCCUUGGGUUGAGGAACUUAGUGGCAUGAAUAUUUCGCUCAGCGAUGUCGGACAUAUAGCACCAAUUGAGAUUUUGUUAGGAACUGAUGUUGUAGGCAAAUUGUAUACAGGGAGGAAAUAUCAGUUACAGUGUGGUCUUGUAGCAGUUGAAACUUUGUUAGGUUGGACUCUUAUGGGCAAGGUGCCGGCAGUUGCUUCUAAUUUCAGCACAUCUAUGAUGUCGAUUGCGUUGUUUGUUGAUAGUUCUUCUGUGGCGAAACUCUGGGAGCUUGAUAUUAUUGGGAUAACCGAUCCUGUAGAAAAAUUGACACGAGAGGUGGCGGCCAAGGAGGCUAAGAAUUUUUUCUAUGAGACUAUCCGAUGUGACAACGAAGGUAGGUAUGAGGUUAUGUUACCUUGGUUGAACAAGCAUCCUUUAAUUUCAGAUAAUUUAGUUGUCGCUAGAAGAAGGUUAGAUACUACUUUAAAUAAAUUGAAAAAGUCCAAUUUGUUUGAAUCGUAUAAUUUAAUAUUCAAUGAGUGGUUGAACGAGGGUGUGAUCGAAAUAGUAAAUAAUCCCGAAGAGAAUAAUUGUGUGCACUAUUUGCCUCACAGGCCCGUUAUUAAAAAUACUAGCGAAACCACGAAAAUUAGGCCAGUCUUUGAUGCAUCAUCUCAUGAACAGGGUCGUCCUUCUUUGAACCAGUGUUUAGAGGUAGGGCCUAAUCUUAUUGAACUUAUUCCUUCUGUGUUAUUACGGUUCAGACAACAAAGAAUAGGUGUUGUGUCGGAUAUUCGAAAGGCUUUUCUUCAAAUUUCUGUACAUUCGAAGGACAGAGAUUUUUUGAGGUUCCUAUGGGUAAACAAUGAAGGAAAGGAAUUUGUAUUUCGACAUAGGAGAGUUGUUUUUGGAGUCAACUGUAGUCCAUUUCUUCUGGGUGCUACUAUAGAAUUUCAUUUGAUAAAGGCGCUGGAGAAGUGUUGUAAUGACAUGCCGUACUCUAAAAAUACAAUUGAAAGGCUUAUGAUUGGGUUCUAUGUAGAUAAUUGUGUGACUAGUGUUACUGAUGAGAAUGAGUUGAGAAAGUUCGUAUCAGAAGCAACUGCCAUCAUGGAGGAAGCAAAGAUGGAUUUGAGAGGCCUCAUAAAAAUGACGUUGCAGGCCGCAGUCAGCGUAGAUGGAGAACUGACCCUCCUGUUUCACAUCAACAUGGGAGUGAGACAAGAAGAUGUUUACAUGCUAUUCAACCUAGUUCUUGAGUCAGUCAUAAUGUAA